UUCCAAACCAGGUCUCCUCGUUAUCUUCCUCAGACACAUAUCUAUCUGUGGACGUUUCUCUCUCAUUUUCUCUUUGAAUUGAUCGGAAAAGAAUCAUGGGGAGGAAGAGAGCUUCACCUGUCAACGUGCUUUUUGGGUGGGUAAGGAGGCAGUCGAUGAAAGUGAAGAUUCUCGCCGGGGUGGUGUUUGCACUGUGCUCUCUGGUGGCUUUAAAGCACUCGGUGAAAGAUCAUGAGUAUUUCUUCAUCUUUUCCGAGGCUAUCCAUGCUGCUGGGAUCUUCGUCUUGAUAUAUAAGCUCACCACCCAUAAAACCUGUUCUGGUCUUUCACUCAAAACACAAGAAAUCACAGCUCUGUUUUUAGCUGCGAGAUUGGCCUGUAGCGUAUUGAUGGAACUUGAUGCCCAUUCAGUGCUAGACAUGGCCACCUUGAUUUCAACCGCUUGGGUUAUAUAUAUGAUACGGUUCAAAUUGAAGUCAACCUAUAUCAAAGAAUUAGACAACAUGCCCUUAUAUUACUUGGUGGUGCCUUGUAUUAUCCUUGCCUUGAUAGUCAACCCUUUCACAAGAUUUUGUUACUUUAGUCAAGUCCUCUGGGCCUUCUGUGUGUUCUUGGAAUCUGUUUCGGUGCUGCCUCAGCUUCGUCUCAUGCAGAAUGCAAAGAUGAUUGAACCGUUCACAGCCCAUUACGUCUUUGCACUGGGUGUUGCUAGAUUCUUGUCCUGUGCUCACUGGAUAAUCCAGGUUUAUGAGACUCGUGGGAUGUAUCUUUUCUUGAUUGGAAGUGGGUAUUUCUGGUUUCCUGCGGCUCUCCUCGCUGAAGCUGUGCAGACGUUUAUCUUGGCCGAUUUUUGUUACUACUACGUCAAGAGUUUCGUGCAAGGUCAACUUUUGAUGAGGAUGCCUGUUUAAUUAGAACACUUGAUCACACCAAAUUUAAGGGGAUUAGGGAGGGUAAUUACUUACCCAUUUGGCUUGCCUGUGUACUUAAUCUCGUAUUAAGCUUAAUCUCAUAUUAAGCUUAAUUAUGGUAGCAUCAACAUUUGAUUUUCCUAAUUUUCUCUCCUGUAUGAUGUGCUUGUGUUCUCUCUUGGAUUUGCACAAGGUUGGACCGCAUGAUCAAGCAGCCAUUUGCAAUUGAUGACUUGGCUGUUUUGAGGUGAUAAGUAGGAUCAAUGUUUUGUCCAUCUUAUUCAUUGCUAAAUGUAUUUCAGUACGUAUAUCAUGAUACCCUAAUGGUGGUAUGGAAUUUGGAAUUUUUAUCUGUUUUUAUUUAUU